CGAUUCACGAAUCUUGAAUCACGAUGAUUGCAAGAUGCUGCAUACCGAAGCUUGACAUAGCCUUUCACAGAUGCAGUGACUCCUGACUCAUGACUGUCAUUGAACUCACCAUUCGAGUUGGGUGUGAUUGACCUCUCAGCUUUCUUGUAGCGCAAGCCUGCUGGUCCAAGCUGAGCGAACGACAACAUGCGCACCUCUGGAUUCGAGAAGAACUGGGCACGCAAUCACUCAUCAUCGCUCGCAGAUUCAUAAUCACGCACGAGCCAGCCAGCCUGUAUUCGCAAAGAUGAGCGCUUCUCGCCCACGUCCUCCUCCACGUCGUGGCGAUGGAUCUCGACAUUCGAAAACGUCACAAGCGACCUCAUCAUCCACAUCGACAUCGCUUCAAGUCCCCUCCAGCUCGAGCGCAGCCAGCUACGGCCCCGAUUUGAGAACUGAAAGAGCGUCGAAAGGCAAAGAGAGAGAAUCCGGCUUCUUUGUCGAGCUGCCCGGGGGGAGCAUCUCUUCUAGACCUCGCUUUUCGAGUCCGCGCAAGCAGGGGCCGAAAUCGAGCGAGGAUGAGAAGCAUGAGCAGGCUAGGGUGGAUGGAUCGUGUGCGGAUGAGGGGACGAUCGAUGCAGAGGUAGAGAGGAUGGCCCAGUUGGCAGUGAUGACUGGGGCAAGUGCCGAUGCGCAUGUUGGGCAAGCGAGCAGAUCCAACCCUCCUCCUGCUCGCUCUUUCAAGGGCAAGAGGGCGAGCAGAAUGACUGAUCCGGAUGCUCAGACGAUCAACAGCACUGUCAGACAAUCACCACCUCGAAGCGCAUCGAACUUGCAAUCCACCCGAUCUCGUCCACAACCACCUCCUGGCCGAUUCGCCAGAACACACAAAGCCAGUGGCACAGAUCAAGCUGGUGCAGCGGGACCAUCGAGCUCAAGCACCGCAUCCGAAGCAGAGACCAUUCGUAUGGACGUGGAGCAGUCUGGCGCUGAAAGCUCCACCACAUCAGGGCCACAAUCUGCGAGGCGCGCAGCGCGCACUCCAAUCAGAUCGCAAACGGCAGCUCAAAAGGAUGCAAAUUUUAUCGAUGCAGGCGAUCACCUUGUCGGCUCAACCAGCGAGGCCAACUCGGAAGCGAUGGAGAUUGACGGCGAAUUGGGAGCUGCAAGAGAGCAAUCCCCCUCGCGUGCUCCACGUCCAGCCCCUAGACCCGUUCGCGCAACCCACAAGAUGCGCAGGGAACCAAGAAUUGCCGUCAAGAGAGCGGAUUGGCCGGACGAAAAGAGGUUGGCUUGUGUUAGGUUGAAUGGAUCUCCCGAUCCCGGCAGUCUCGCCGUGUCCUCUUUUGGCUGCGUAGCGAUCACCACUCCCAAAGUCAUCCACAUUAUAACGCCGUCUUUGACGUUUUCCACUGCCCAAAAGCCCAAUCUGACCCUGUUUAGCCCCGGAACGAUGGAGGAUCUAUCGGGCGAGCUUUCCAGCGCCUUCUAUAGCAGUAUAGAAGUGAGCUGCGUCGUGCAGAUGAUGCGACUCAGGGCCAAAUUUGAGGACGGCAUGGACGCCAGGAAUGCAUUCACCCAUGACUACAUGCUAGGUCAUCCCGGAUCUGGACUGCCGGUCUGGAGAAAAGCCGCUUGGUGUCCGGCACUUCUGGGCGAUCAAGGAGGCCCCGUACUGGCCAUCCAAACGGCCAUGAUGGAUCUGUACCUCUUCCAACCCAAGCCAGGUGCUUUCCCUGGCUCCAUGGUAUAUAAAGAACGACUCGAAGCUCCCGCAACCAAGGUCCAAUUUGAGAGAAGGAAAAGGCAAGUAAUGCUGAACGAGCAGAUAAGCGAUAUGGCAUGGCUUGAUUUUGCGCCCGAAGCGGUGGCGAGCACGUGUGCCUAUCUGGUUGGUAGCUCCAGAAGCGGAAAGCUAUAUGUGUGGAGGUGUCACCAGAGCGCCCCUUCCGACUUUAUGCUACAAGCCAAUGUUGCCGACUUUCCGAUCGAUUAUGUAGUCGCCUCGAAGUGCAAGACGAACAGCGAUGGGGCUCGAUCAGCUAUCGUGGCUACAUUCUACAGUGGCACUCUGGACUUUCUCAAUGUCGCACUCGAUCCUGCAGGACAAAUAUCGAUCGAGCGUGUAACAAAUGCUGCGCGCCCUCUCAACGUCGGCAUCUCAGUACCCACUUGGCUCGAUGAUGAUUAUCUGUACUUCGGCACACCUGGAGCGAUCAUGCGCUACACGCCUGGAGCUGCCGCAGAGAUGGAGACUGCUUUGUUGGGAGAGCGCGAGGACGAUCAGCCCGGAGAAGCGAUGUCGACCUGUAUCCGUCGGCGCUAGUGGAGGUGCACGCCUCAAAUUCGCUGUGCAUAGACACUCGAUGGAGGGUGCUUUUAGUUUUACCCUGAUUCUUUCUGGUGAAGCUCUUGCUGCA